AUGGAUUUAAAAACUACAUAUAUACCCCAGGAAACAGAGCCGAUUUACGUAGGAGGAACAAGUGCAUCUAUAUCAACAUCAGAUGGGAAAUAUCUAGUGACACCAUUAAAUGAAGAUGUAAUAAUAACUGAUUUACCAACAAAUGAGAUUUUCCACACAAUAAAGGGAGAUGAUGAAGAUGAAAAUAUAACAAGUUUAUGUAUAACUCCAGAUGGGUCCAAUCUAGCAAUAUGUUCACAAUCUCAACAAUUACGUAUAUUUAAUUUAGAAUCUAAAACAGUUACAAAAACUUUUAAAUUAUCAUCACCAGUAUAUAUAUCAAGUUGUGAUUCAACAUCAACAUUAUUUGCAUUUGGAGGAUCUGAUGGAGUAGUGACAGUUUGGGAUAUUGAAGGAGGAUUUGUUACACAUUCUUUAAAGGGUCAUGGAACUACAAUUUGUUCAAUAACGAUAUAUGGAGAAUUAAAUAAUUUAAAGAGUUGGAAAAUAGCAAGUGGUGAUACAAUGGGGACAGUUAAAAUAUGGGAUUUACAAAAGAGGAAAUGUCAAACUACGUUGAAUGAUCAUAAUACUGCUGUACGUGGAGUUGGAUUUAAUGAAGAUGGAUCAUUAUUUUUAAGUGGUGGAAGAGAUCAAAUUGUUAUUAUUUAUAAUACUAAAAAUUUUAAAUCAUUAUAUACUUAUUCGAUUGGUGAACAAAUUGAAGCAAGUGGGUUUGUAAAAUUUUUAAAUGAUAGAGAAUUUUUUUAUACUGGUGGAUCUGCAAAUAUAUUAAAAUUAUGGGAUUUAAAAACUGGUUCAUUAAUUGCAAAAUCACCAACUCCAUUAAAAACAAAUGAAGAAUUAUUAAUUAUUGAUAUUAUUAAAUUAUUUAAUCAAAAUUUAUACCUCGUGAUAAGUGAUCAAACAUUAGUUGAAAUAGAUUGUCAAUCACAACAACAACAAGAAGAAGAAGAAAUAAUAAAAAUUACAGAAGUAGAUGAAUAUGAUGAAGUUAUAAAUUUACCAAUAAUCAAAAGAAUUGCAGGAAAUCAAGGAAUUAUAGCAGAUUCUCGUUACGUAGGACCAAAUAACAAUUAUUUAGCAAUGGCUACAAAUUCACCAUCAUUAAGAAUUAUAAAUUUACAAAAACCAUUUGAAUUAAAAAUAUGUGAAGGUCAUACUGAUAUUUUAAAUGCUAUUGAUGUUACACCAGAUGGGUUAUGGGUAGCUACUGCUUCAAAAGAUGGAGAAGCUAAAUUAUGGAAAUGGGAUGAUACCUACAAAACUUUUAAUUUACAUUCAACUUAUCAAGGUCAUUCUGGAUCAGUUACUGCAAUUGCUAUAAAUAAAGUUUUAGGAAAUGAUGAACAACCUAAAUUUAUAAUAACUGGAUCAAAUGAUUUAACAAUUAAAAAAUGGAAUAUCCCUAAAUCUAAUGGUGUUGUAAAAACAUCAGUAUAUACAAGAAGAGCACAUGAUAAAGAUAUAAAUUCAAUUGAUAUUUCUCCUAAUGAUGAAAUGUUUGCAACUGCAUCUUAUGAUAAAUUAGGUAAAAUAUGGCAAGUUGACACGGGGGAAACAAUAGGUAUAUUAAAAGGUCAUAAACGAGGAUUGUGGGAUAUAAAUUUUUAUAAAUUUGAUAAAUUUAUAGUUACUGGAUCAGGAGAUAAAACUAUAAAAGUAUGGUCAUUAAAAGAUUUUUCAUGUAUAAAAACUUUAGAAGGACAUACUAAUUCAAUCCAAAGAGUUAAAUUUUUUAAUUCUGCAGUACCACAAUUAAUAUCAUGUGGAGCUGAUGGAUUAAUUAAAAUUUGGGAUUUUAAAAAUGAAAACAAUUUAAAAACUUUAGAUUAUCAUAAUAAUAGAAUUUGGUCAUUAAGUUUAAAAGAUAAUGAAGGUAAUGAAUUUAUUACAUGUGAUUCAGAUGGUAAAAUUGUCCAAUGGAAAGAUAAUACAGAUCAAGAAAACAAACAAAAACAAAUGGAACAAAAAUACAAAAUUGAACAAGAACAAGAAUUAUCAAAUAAUAUUAAAAAUAAUCAAUGGUCAAAAGCAUUUUUAUUAGCAUUAACUUUAAAUCAUUCAAUGAGAUUAUAUAAUGUUUUACAAUCAUGUAUUUCAUUAAAUCAAGAUCCCUUAUCAAAAAUUGGAUCAUUUGAACUUGAAAACACUUUAAGUAAAUUAACAAAUGAACAACUUUUAUUACUUUUUAAAAAAAUAAGAGAUUGGAAUAUUAAUUUUAAAUUUUUUGAAAUUUCUCAAAUUUUAAUAUCUGUUAUAUUAUCUAAAUUUCCAAUUUCAAAACUUAUUGAAAUUCCUGGACUUAUAAAAAUUAUUGAUAGUAUAUUACCAUAUAAUGAACGACAUUAUAAUAGAAUUGAUGAUAUUAUUGAAAAUACAUAUAUCUUGGAUUAUACGGUUGAACAAAUGAAUCAAUUAUUAGCUUAA